CGUGGAUCUCUGUUUACCCGACCGGCCGCUCCUUUCAGUCCCCCACACGCCGGCCGCUCGGCGCUCGGUCUUGGCAUCAGUGAGGCUUCAGCAGUCGCUGGGAAUAGUUGGCUGCCGCGAUGCUCAGUGUUAUCAUCUCCUUCCUGACGUGGCUAUACCUGUCAGCGGUGCGAUGCGUCUUCAGACUUCUGUGGUUGCCAGCGGGACCCACUAAGUUUCUCUUGCCGCCAAUCGACGAUCCAGCGCUGGUGCAGUCUGCCUGCACCCUGGCGCUGUGGAUACGACAGAGGAAGAGGAGUGCAGAGUCCAUCGUGGAGGCUUUCCGGCGGCGCGUGGAGGCAGUCAACCCCAUCAUUAACGCUGUCGUUGAUGAACGUUUCGAGGCUGCUCUGCGGGAGGCCCGGGAGGUGGACCAGCGGCUUGAUGCAUGCACACAGGAGGAACGGGAGGAGACAGGGCGGGCCCAGCCACUGCUUGGGGUGCCGUUCACUGCAAAAGAAAACGUUCUUGUGAAAGGGCUGAGCUGCACCCACGGCCUGGUGCUGCGACGGGGCAUGAAGGCUGAGCGGGACGCAGAAGUGGUGUGCCGACUCCGUGAGGCAGGUGCCAUCCCGCUAGCUGUUACCAACGUGCCGGAGCUCGGCAUGUGGAUCGAGUCCAUCAAUCCCCUGUAUGGCCGCACCGCCAAUCCCUACGACGUUAGCAGGACCCCCGGCGGCUCCAGCGGUGGCGAGGGUGCCUUGUUGGCCUCUUGUGGCACUCCACUCUCCAUUGGCACUGACCUGAUUGGCUCCAUACGGAUCCCUUCUUUCUACUGUGGCACUUUUGGCCACAAGCCAACAUCAGGCUGGGUGUCACUGGACGGCUGCAGAUGUCUUCCGUAUAAGAAUUACAUAAACAGGAAAAUUACAGUAGCAGGCCCGAUGUGUCGCUCCGUGGGGGACUUGGUGGUGUUCCUGGAGAGCAUGGCGCCCAGGGCGGCAGGUCUGGCGGCCAGGGUGGCUGACACGGACAUCGGAGCCCUCAAGAUAUGGUGGGUGGAUGGGCUGGACUCUCCCUGGUGCCGCCGCACGGAGAAGUCUCUACGCGAGGCCCUGCACGCCGCGCACCAACACCUGCAGAACUCCUUCGGUGCCACUACCUGCCGGUUCCAGUGGCCGAUGGACAUGGUGCACGCAGUGGACAUUUGGCUAAACAAACUGGCCGGCGAGAACAAAGACGAACCUAGCUUGCUCACCGAUAUGAAGAACCGUAAGGGUACCGUCAACCUGCUGGAGGAGUGGCUGCGGUGGGUAUGCGGACGUGGGCGGCAUAGCUUUACUCUACUGACCGUCUCCACCUCGCUGAAGUAUUUUUAUAAAAAAUUCCUGAACCCACGCUUCGACUGGAGGAAUGCUCAGAAAAAAAUGUUGGAAAUCCUCGGCCAGAACGGCGUGCUGCUGAUGCCCGUGAUGCCUGAGGUGGCGCCCUUCCACGGGGAACCCCAAUGCUUCUGGAAGGACAUGAACUUCACUGCCAUCGCCAGUGCCACUGAGCUGCCCAGCACUUCCGUGCCUCUUGGCCUCAGCAAGGAAGGCUUGCCCCUGGGACUGCAGAUAAUGACGACUCCAGGGAACGACCACCUGAGUCUGGCGGUAGCGGCGGCGCUGGAGGACAAGUUUGGUGGGUGGAUCUCCCCGUCACCGAUCACCAUCUAGCGCCUUGAUACAGCGCAAACAAAACCCAGGGGUGGAGUUGCGAUGCGCUACACUUGGUCACAAAUACACUGCAGGACUCGCCGCGUGGCCCGAGCCUUGAUUCCUUGAUCAGCGGUGUCGUUCUUCUCCUGGACUGGUGUAUGAUUGGUUUUAAGACGAAAAAACACCAUACUGAACUAAAAAGAAAAAACUGAGGAUCAAAAGUCAAGAGGAAUAUGUGUGAAGAGGAACACUUGAGUCUAAUGGAGUGAUGGUUAUGUAAAGUGUGGCCUUGUCUCAAGCUUCCUCCCCCGUCGCUCCCUCACCCCUUAGGUACUAGUACGUAUGGUACUUAAAAUGCAUACCUUGCCCGUGCCCUCUCUCACUCGCUCUCCGUGAGAUAAGCAACGAGGGAAAGGCAGGUGUGUUGACCCUUGUUGUAAACAUAAAUACGUACAAUAAUCCUUCUAUACUUUAAUUCUGUACAUUGUCUGAGUGCUUGAACUUUUUUUCCGAUGUAUCAGAUAGCAAUUUCUUUCACACACACACACACUCACACAUACAUAUCUGCACACACAUAAUUCGAUAAUUAUGAUUGUAACUUUUUUUUUCCAAUGAUACAUGAACCAAAUCGCACGUCUCUGAUGUAGAAGUGUUUAUCUGAAGCGUAGCUGUGCCUGACACUCAGGUGGAACUCAUGAACGAGGGUCCGAAGUGUCGCCGCGCUGACUGGUCGUCAAAGACUAAGAGUGAAGCAUCUCUAUCUGGUCCCGACGGGAACCAGUGAAUACUUUGUUUGUACCCUUGGUCUGUAGUCUAUGUAUCUUGUGUGUGUAUACACGGUGCCUCCUGCUAGCGAACGACACGGAUGUAAUCCCAAUACGAGACUAUGAAACCCAGUCCAGCACCUGAAACGCUCACAAGCAUCGUACAAGUCUUCGUCGUUUAAACAACCAAUGCAGCAACUAAUUUAUUCGACAGCGUGAGGAUGCAUUCAUUUACUAUACAUUUAUCUUUUUACUGUUAGUUACACUGGCUCAGUUGAAUUGGUGCGUUUUACAUCCGUGUGUGGCCUGAGUGGGCGGGCGGCAGGUGUUUGUUUGGAGAUCCAAGUUUGUCAUUUACCAAUAUUAUUAUUUGUAGUCAUGGGAUGGAUUAAAGAUAUUUGAGA